AUGAGUCAUCGGAAUAGAAGAUUGACGCCUGUUGGUAGUGAGGGGAAAAGAUCGUUCUCGCAGUCAGUUGCAGUUGCAGUGGAAAAAGAAGAAGAAGGAGGAGGAGGAGGAGGAGGAGGAGGAGGAGGAGGAGAAGAAGAAGAAGCAAAUGGCGGACCUCGAAAAGAACAAGGCGUACCACCGGAACUGAGCAACCUCACUGCAGAAAUUAUUUUUGUCAGCGUCUGUUCUGCAGGACAGCUCCUCUUUGCGUUUUUCAUGGGAGACGUCAAUGUCACGCAGCAAUCUCUCAAGAAAGCUUUGAACCUCCCACAAGGAGAAAUUCCAUGGCUGAUAGGUGCGUUUCUCACAGCUUUGGGACUCAGCGUUAUUUUAUCCGGUUCUCUUACGGAUAUUUUACCUCCUAAACUCCUCAUCGUUGGCGCGUUCGUCUGGCUCACAAUCUGGAAUUUGGUGGGAGUUUUCACUUUGACUCCCUCUCGCGCGAUUGCGUUCUUCAUCGUGCGAGCUAUGCAAGGCUUUGCAGUCGGCGUGCUCGUUUCUGGGAGUAUGUCGAUCCUCGGACGAGUGUAUAACCCCGGACAGCGAAAAACUCGAGUCUUCAGCGCCAUGGCAGCUGCUUCGCCGUUUGGAUUCUGGCUUGGAGCACUCCAAGGAGGCGCGCUUGCCGAGAGACAGCAGUGGAUUUAUGGCAGUAAUGCCAUCAUCUGUGGGAUUUGCGCUGCGGCGGCGUAUGCGACGAUUCCGUCUUUGAAGCCCGCCGCAGACCACGGUUCUGCGCGUGUUCCUUCGAUUCGGAAUUUCGAUUGGGAAGGCGCUAUUUGUGCUGUCGUGGGAUGCAUUUGUCUCCUCUUCGGCCUCACGCAGGGCUCGGUCGCGCACUGGUCGCCUUACACGUAUGCACUGAUCAUCGUCGGCGUCCUCGUCCUCAGUCUCUUCUUCUGGGUCGAAACCAAAGUCCCCCGGCCCCUCGUUCCCGCUCGCCUAUGGAAAACACCAGGUUUCGCACCUCUGAUGCUCGCAUACUUUCUCGGGUUUGGCGGGUUUGUAGGUGCGUGGCAAUUCUACGCCGUACAAUUCUUUCUCAAUCAGCAACACGUCUCCUCUCUCACCGUCGCCCUCUACCUCCUCCCCAACGCCAUCUGCGGCGUCCUGGCCACAUGGAUCGUCUCUAAACUCAUGCAUCGCAUUCCCGGACAUUACAUCUUCUUCGCAGCGCAAGUCGCCUUCGCUCUCGGGCCUGCCUUUUUUCUCCCCCAGACUGCGUCCUCGAACUAUUUCGCCCUCUCGAUGCCCGGGAUUGGGUUGGCGACGUUUGGUCCCGAUUUGAGCUUCGCGGCAGCGAGUAUCUACAUCACAUCGCAAGUCCCGCGCAAUUAUCAGGGAUCUGCGGGGAGUUUGUUGGUUACGAUACAGAAUUUGAGUGGUGCGAUUAUGACUAGUGUGGCAGACAGUAUUGCUGCCAAGGUCGACACCCAAGAGAAUGGAGAGGUCGGGUUGGAGGGCUUGAGAGCUGCGUGGUGGUUGGCUUUGGCGGCUGCUGUCGUCGGGGCGGUGGUGACGGCUGUUUGGGUGAGGAUACCGAAGGAGGAAGAGAAGGAUCAUGUUGCUUAGUAUGUAGGAAGAGGAGAUGAGCAGAUGUCGUUUACGUGGUCAUGAUAAUGAUAAUGAUAUUCUAGAGAAGUUCAUUGGCG